AUGUCCAUGACAGACACAACACAUAGCUCCACCGAGUUAGACGCCUCUGGCCUUGACUAUGAAGAGACGCAACUCACCCUCGCCCCAUCUGGUGCCACUAGAUCUGACCCCGAAAGGAAGCGAGGCCCGUCGGAUGACCAUCGCCCCUCCGAUUCCUUCGAAGGGUCCACCAACAAACCUCCCGAAGCUAAGGAUCAAGUGGUGGGAUGGCCGCCGGUGAGAUCGUUCCGGGGAAACACUCUCAAGAGUUUCACCUACGUGAAGGUGGCCAUCGACGGGGCACCCUACCUUCGUAAGGUUGACCUAGAGGCCUAUGCUGGAUACUAG